AUGAACAAUCCAAACUUGCAACAGAUGCGCGGGCUAAGUGGUGAGGGUGGAAAUAAUAUGACGAAUCAGUAUAUAUUUCAAGGUCGCCAGUCAUUAUCAACUUCAGCAGCUGCUCCAAUACCUUCGAUUUCAGCUUUAGGAAAUCCAAUGUUUAGUAAUAAUAUGACUACUAACAUGUUAGGUUUUCCAUCACAGAGUAAUAUCAAUGGUCUUGGAUUGGAUAUGUUUCAACAACAAUCACUUAAUCGUGGGAUAGGACAAAUGAUCGCACAGCAAACACAACAACGCCAGAUGAUGCAACAACCAAGACGACCUGUAACGCAUCCUCAGCCUGUACAAAACCUUCAUCAUCGUUCUUCACAACAAAAACCAAGUUCUGAGCACUCCAAAAAGCCUCCCGCUGCCCCCAAACCAUAUGAACCCGCACCAGAUCUCACUUCUGUUCAAAAGAAAUACCUAGAACAAUAUGUUAGAAGAGAUACUCUUUAUCAAAAAGCGUUAGAUAUUCAACAUAAAAGGCAAAUGAAUGUUAUAGCCGAGAAACGUAAAGAAAUAGCUCAUGCUGAUCUAAUACACCAGACACGAUCAUCAUAUUUGUUUGGCACAGGAUAUGGAGGUUAUGGAAAUGGUGUUACCGGAACUCGGUUUAGGAUAGUCUACCCUCAUGAUCGAAAAAGGCCUAAAAAGACUAAAGAAUUUAAAUUUUCUCAUCAACAAUUACGAGAAAUAGCUAAAAAUGAAGAUACAUUAGUUCCAAUCAGGUUAGAAAUUGAUGGAGCUGAUGGCUAUAAGUUACGAGAUACUUUUACCUGGAAUAUGAAUGAAACACUUAUUACUCCUGAGCAUUUUGCAGAAGUUCUUUGUGAUGAUUUGCAUUUUCCCGCGGCAACUUUUGUACCAGCAAUUGUUAAACAGAUGCGUGAUCAAUUACAAGGAUAUAUCUUGCAUCCUUUAUCUUUAACGGAUCAAUUUCCGACAAAUAAUGUAUCUACUUCAUCAACGGAUCCAUCCGAGGAUGCAUGUGUAGUCAAGGAAGAAAAUGAUAAUGACAACAAAUCUAAUACACUAAAUAAUUCGGAAGAGUCAAAUAUCAACGAAGAAUUGAGAAUCCUAAUAAAAAUUGAUGUUACAAUCGGCAAUAUUUCUUUAGUGGACCAAUUUGAGUGGGAUAUUAAUUGUCAGAAAAAUGACCCAGAACUUUUUGCAGAAAUUUUGACAGCAGAAUUAGGUCUAGGAGGCGAAUUCAAAACGGCGAUAGCGCACUCUAUUCGUGAACAAGUUCAAAUUUACGUUAAAUCUCUGAUUCUCGUGGGUCAUCCUUUCGAUGGCUCUCCUGUACAAGAUGAUGAUUUACGGCAAAGCCUUUUGCCUCCUGUAACAAAUAUAAUUCGAAGAGAAGAUGCAGUUGAUCAACAUACUCCAAUUCUUGUGGAAUUGACAGAAGCAGAAAUUGAUAAAAUUGAAAAAGAUCGUGAAAGAGAUGCCAGACGCAAACGUCGGCAAACUCGUGGAAGGCGUGGUGUUAUUUUGCCAGAUAGGGAACCUCCUAAGACACAUAGAACCUUACUUCAUAGCACAACUAUUAUUCCUGACCCCACAGAUGAAAAUGCGUUUAUUACCCUAAUUUCAUCUGGAAUGCCGCCGGUCAUGCGUAAAUCAAGUUCUAUGGGGUAUGAUAAUUAUUCAGCGAUUUCUGAAAAAUCAUCCACCCCAUCUCCUGGUAAAGUUCGUGGACGUGGACGUGCAGCUGGAAGUGGUCUACGUAGUAGUAUAACUGCAAACUCUCCAGAUAUCACUGAUAUAAAUAGUACAGGAAGAUCUGGCUCAGUUGGACCAAGUCCACAGGGAAGAGAAUUUAGAGACGGUACGAAAAAAUCAAAUCGAAGGGGCACAAGCAAAGAAUCAGAAGAGUGGCACUGUGACGGUUGUGGUUGUUUACAAACAGCAACACCAUUAUUGCGUAAAGGACCUAAUGGAGAAAAGACAUUAUGUAACGCGUGCGGUAAGUCCGUGGGUGCAAUAAAUUAUUGGAAUCAUCCAAAAGGCCUCUACUUUCAAAAGAACAAUACCCUGCGGCCGAUUUCCCAAGUUACGAAUGAGGACGAUUUCAAUUUGCCUAAGUUACAAGAACCUAAUCAAUUGGCUAAUUCGGCUUUUCCAGCAAAUAAAACACUUCAAUCCUCACAACAAGAUAUCCCUUCAACAUUAGAUCAAUCGUUUGAUUUUAUGGUCAAUGAAAAACAACCUAAUUCAUCGACUGAACAAAAUUUAAUUUCUAAACAACAUUUCGAAUCAACAGAUAAUCAAAAUUUAGCACAACCUCAAGGCAAUAAUCUUAUUACUUCUACUAAAUCACAAUCACCUGUAACAAUUCCUAACGCACCAUUAUCAAACAAACCUGUCAUUCCGGAAUGGAUAAUUCAGCAGCGUGAACAAUUGCUGCAGAAAUAUCCUCGUGACCGUUUCGAUAUUAUUCAAAAGCCUAAUAAUCCUAAUGAGCUCCGUAUUAAAUGUCUCGAUUGCCCACGCAGGCUAUAUCAACUUGGAGAUGGACUUUCAUUGAAAAAUUUUGAAAUCCAUUUAAAGAAUAAACAACACCGUACCAAUGUAGAAAAACGUCUGAAUCCAGAUUGGGCUGUUCAUAUAGCUGAAACUGGCGGUAUUAAUGAUAGUGUUGGUACUAUUUCAGGCACUAUUGAUUCUAGUGAAUUGUCGUCUCCAGUUUCAGGUACUGGUGAUCCAUAUACUAGCUUUAAUACCGAUAAUAAAACCAUGAGAUUAGCUGAAGGAUUAAUCACUUCAAGACCGGACUAUAUGUUACAAUCAAGAGAAAUAUCAUCCUCAAGUUCACAAUCCUUUGAAAUAUCAAUGGGAAGAGAAAGCGGGAAGUCUAGUAGAGGAGGUAUGAAAAUAACUAGCGAUAUAAAUAAUGUUAGUGCUGGGUAUGAAAUGACUGCCGUGGGAGUCUUCAUCGAUAAUAGUAAUGGUAUUCCUCAAACACCCCAAACAGAAGCUUUUCCCUCGAAAUCGAAAGGUCCCUUAUGA